AUGUCUCGAUACGCCAGCGCUCAUGCGAACCCCAAGGGCCCUGGAGAUGCACGACCAACUGCUCUUCAGAUCAUCCAGGAUGAAUCCAUGGAAGGCAAGCUCGCCGGCAAAGUCGUGGUGAUAACAGGUGGAAACUCCGGCAUUGGUCUCGAAACGGUUCGAGCGCUUGCGGCUACUGGAGCUUUUAUCUACGUGACCACCCGGGAUGUUCCCAGAGCAAAAGCUUCCCUGGGAGACAUAUAUCAGCCCAAGCAGGUAAAGCUUGUCCAUAUGGACCAAUCAUCCCUGGCAAGCGUCCGCGAAGCAGCAAAGUCCAUUCUGAGGGAAGUGAACAAGAUCAGCAUUCUAAUCAAUAACGCCGGAAUCAUGGAUGUCCCGGAGCUCCGGCACUCCAGAGAUGGAUAUGAGUUGCAGUUCGCGACCAACCAUCUCGCCCACUUCUUGCUGUUCCAGCUCCUGAAGCCUGCUCUCCUUGCUGCCAGCACACCGGAGUUUCAAUCGCGCGUGGUGAUGGUGUCAUCUUCGGGACACCGUACACGUGGUAUCAAUGCUUCAGAUGACUACCAUUAUCAGAAGGGCGGCUAUGAUCCUCAGUUGGCAUAUGCGCAGUCCAAAACUGCAAAUGUCUAUCUCGCCAACGAGAUCGAGCGCCGCUAUGGUUCACAAGGGCUGCACGCAACUAGCGUCCAUCCCGGCAUCGUCAAGACGAACAUCGCCAGGUUUUGGCCGGAUGAGAAGAUCCAAGGCCUGAUGCAAAUCCCACAGGUGCUAAGUUAUGCGAAGAGCCCGGAGCAAGGUGCUGCGACCACUGUCUGGGCUGCUGUUGGUCACGAAUGGGAGGGUCGAGGAGGUCGAUACCUGGCCGAGUGUGCAGAAACCGAGAAGGGCCCCGAAGCAGGAGAUAUGGGUGUCCCUCCGAAUUUGUAUGUGAGCCAUACAUACAAGCCCGAUGAUGAGGCUAGACUCUGGCGGGAUUCGUUGGAAAUGGUAGGCUUGCCAAAGGAGGAAUAA